UUAAGGAGCAUGAAGGCCGUCAUCUUGCGCAUCGCCGUAUGCGCGACCUUGGUCGUUGCGAGUUUCUCCACGGAGCACCUUGGGUGUGGCGUCGAUACCCCAACGCGUGCGCCAGUUCCCACUGUGACAACCAUUGCGCCUGUACCGACCGCGAUGCCCGAGCCGACCACUGCUGCACCCGCAGCAACGACGACCGAGACACCUGCACCGACGACGACCGAGACGCCUGCGCCAACGACGACCGAGACUCCUGCACCGACGACGACCGAGACUCCUGCACCGACGACGACCGAGACUCCUGCACCGACGACGACCGAGACGCCUGCGCCAACGACGACCGAGACGCCUGCAUCGACGACGACCGAGACGCCUGCGCCAACGACGACCGAGACGCCUGCGCCAACGACGACCGAGACUCCUGCGCCAACGACGACACCAACUAUGCCAGCCCCGUGGGUGCGUCUUGGUAGUGACUUUGCGCAAGUGUCGUUGGACGACAACACCAUUUGCGCCGUCGGUCAAGACGGCCGAAUCUACAUGGGGAAGAAGGACGACUCGGUCUCUCAAAGCGGCGUCAUCUAUGCACUCUCUUCGUCUGGGCGCGAAAUCACCUCGUACAACUUGACCUCGAAAGCGGCGCACGUGACGACGUUGGCUACUUCGGCGACCAUCAAGCAGUUUGAUGCGCAGCGUGGCAUUCUUUGUGCGACGACGUCGGACAAAGUGUACUGCGCGUCUGCCAGCGCCGACACCUUUGGCGAGCCAUGGAAGGCCAAUGCCGUCGCCUCGGUUGCAGUCGUUGCUGUCACUGCAGAGAGCAACUGCAUCCUCACGACGGACCGCGCGAUCUGGUGCACUUCGAUCUACAUCCCGUUCAAGUGGACAACAUACGAAGGCACAUGGAAUCAUUUCACCGUGUCCAACGGCAUUGUCUGUGCUGUCGCGUACCCGAGCAACGACGUGUACUGCCGCACUGCCGACGUCUAG